AUGUCCGCUGCGUCGAUGGCGUCGAUGCCCUACACCAUGGCGGCGGCGACGCUCGAUAACACACUUGGCGCGGUCUUCCUGGGUGUUGUCAUCUCCUGCAUAUUAUACGGCAUCUCCGUGCUGCAGGUGUACCUGUACUACCACUUCUACCCGUCCGAUUCCCUCCUCCACAAGUGCUCUGUCACCUUCCUUUUCUUCCUCGACAGCCUGCACCUCGCGCUCACCGUGUCUGCGGCCUACCACUAUGCAGUCACGGGCUUCGGCCAUGAAGCGGGGCUGCAAGAAGUCGUCUGGCAAAUAAAGCUCGGCGUCGCUGUCAACGUCGUCGUCAUCCUCCUCGUGCAGUCCCUGUACGCAUACCGGGUGGUGCUGCUGAGCGGCUACCACCAGGGCGUGCUCGGCUACCUCGUUUGUGCCGUCGUCAUAUCCGGCUUCGCCGUCGGCAUCGUCCUGGCGUACGAGACGUACACUGUGAAUACGUGGGCAGACACAGCAGACAUAGCCUGGGCCAUUUAUGCGUGUUUCAGCGCGAGCACGACGAUCGACGUUGUGCUUAGCGGCGCAAUGUGCUAUUACCUCAAGAAGAGCCAGGGCGCGGAGCGAGUGCUCAAUAGCAGAAUAUCCACGCUGAUGCAGUAUACGCUUAGCUGCGGGGUGUUCACCAGCGCGUGCUCCGUUGCGUGUCUCUUCUCGUUCAUCCUGAUGUCGAACAACCUCAUCUUCAUCUCCCUCACCUUCAUCCUCACCCGCCUUUACGCCAACUCCUUCAUGGCGAUGCUCAACGCGCGUGCGCGGCGGCGGCCCACCCAGGCCCCGGCGCCCUCCGGCCCGCACCCGUCCACGCCCUACCACCUGCACUCCCCGAGCCCGAGCGUCGUGCUCGACGGCACGUACGUCCAGCGCCGCGUGAGCAUCACGCGUGAGGCGGACUCGUUCGACGGCGAGAGCAAGACGGACGUCGAGCACAGCCCGCUGUCGACGCACAGCAAGCACACCUGGGACAUGCUCGCGCCGCCGAUCACCGCGCCGAGGAGGCCGGCAAGGCCGCCUGCGGGCCAGACGCUGAGCAUGGGCCCGACGCAGGGCCGGCCGGACACGUAUAAUCGCGGGUGGUGA